AUGCUGGGAGAAACGCUAACCACGGAAGACAUCCGCCUGAUAAACUCGGCAAUCACCAGGCUGGAAACAUGGCCUAAAGCCUUUACUGACGCUGCCAACCUCCGUAAACAGGACAUUCGGAAAAGGGACGUUAACGAAAAAUUGUCCACCGAUGAUUUCAAAUCAUUCAUCUGCAGCGAAAGAGUCAAGGAGAUAAUGCGGAUGUAUGACACCGUUGCAAAGGAAGAAAAGCCGACCGUAUCAGUAAAUGAUUUCUCGUCAACGAGGGAUUAUUUACUGCUAUGGGUUUUGAUGGGCAGUGGCCAACGUUGUGGGGCUGCAUCCAACCUCACAAUCAAGGAAUACGUAGAUGGCGCAUGGACGGAGAGUGAUGGCAAGAAAAUCUACGCCACAAAGACUCUCCGACACAAGACGUCGUCCGGCGGUCCCGCCAAACUGCUGUGGGACCAGCAGAUAAAAGGUUUUGGGGACAUUUACCUGGAGAAACUCAGAGAUAUGUUUGAUAAUAGAGAUAUGUUUCAUAUGUUUGAUAACUCUGCUGCACCAGCGGCGGUCGGCAUCCCUGAGAUGCCGGUUUUCUUCAUAUCAUCCCAUGGCAAUCCAAUGAAUGAGUCGAGGGCAAGCCAUCGCCUUGCGUCGAUGGGAAAGCAGGUGGCUCCUCAGCUUGAGGGGACACUCAAGAGCUCCCGUCUCAGAAAGAGCCUUGUCAGCCUCCAGUGGGAACAGAGCCAUUCCGCUGUGUCUGCCCCACAUGGAUGUUCUUGCACCAGAGGAGAACAAGGAUGAAGAGGAGAACAAGGGAGAACAGCCAAAACCCAAAGGCCAGGAGAAAGCAGACGAUGCAGCCCAAGGCGAAGAGGAGGGAAGUUCUGACAGCGGAGAGGCAGAGAGCAGAACUCCUCUCUGUAUUUCAAGACAAUCUAAAACAUAG